AUGACUUUUGACAAAACCGAACUUAAAGUCAACCCAGAAAACGAAGAGCUUUACAAGACUUUUCUUCCAAAGGUCGAAAAGUACAGACAAGCUUUGAAGGAUGGGAUACUGGAAGAAUACAAGCUUCCUGACGAGUUCUUGCCAAAAAAUGUCGGUGUCGAUGUGACCAAGAUUCCGGAGCAGAUCUUGUCCAAGAAAGAGAUUUACAUUACCGAAUUGAAGGCUGUCGACUUAGUUUCUCAGAUUGCCAAGGGUGAGCUUUCAUCUGUGGAAGUUUUCAAGGCAUAUGCCAAGCGUGCAACCAUGGCACACCAGUUAACCAACUGUGCUAUGGAGUUGUUUACCGACGAAGGCUUGAAGCGUGCUGGCGAGCUUGAUGAAUAUUUCAGUGCCAACGGCAAGACGGUUGGUGCGCUACACGGUGUUCCUGUUUCCUUGAAGGAACACUACGACUACAAGGGCAAGAUCACACAUGCUGGUUAUGUUGGCUUGAUCGACAAUGUCUCUGAGAGCACCAACCAGUGUGUCCAGAUCUUGUAUGACGCCGGUGCGGUGUUCUACGUCAGAACCACCGAGCCUCAGCUCUUGAUGCACCUCUGCUCGAACAACAACAUCACAGGCAUUGCCAAAAACCCUACCAACACCGCCCUAACCACCGGUGGUUCCUCUUCUGGUGAGGGUGCAAUUGCUGCAAUGAAAGGUUCUGCCCUUGGUGUCGGUUCAGACAUUGGUGGUUCGAUCAGAGCACCAGCGGCCUUCUGCGGAGUGUGGGGUCUGAGACCAACCCAGAAGAGAAUCCCAAUGUUGCCGAUCACCCCAGCCGGCAGUGGUGUCCAAGAACUCGUUGUUCCCGUUUUGGGUCCCUUGGCAAGAUCUGCCGAAGAUUUGGAGCUGUUCAUGAAGGUUGAGCUCGGCAGCAAGCCAUGGGAAACUGACGCCACGUUGGUUCCAAUGCCUUGGAGAGACGUUGCCGUUCCAGAACCUAAGCAACUCAAGGUCGCUGUCUGCUAUGACGACGGAGUCGUCAAGCCUACUCCGCCAAUUCUCAGAGGACUUGAGGCUGCCGCCAAAAAGUUAAAGGAGGCAGGCGUCAAGGUCGUAGAGUGGAAGGCCUUCAACGUCCAAGAGUGCGUCACUGCUGCGUAUGACGGUUACAACGCCGACGCCAACAAGAAACAACUGAGUCUCUUAAAGCUCUCUGGUGAGCCUGUCUUGCCCCUUAGUAAGCACAUCUUGAACAGCGGCUGUGGCUUUGACGGACUCUCGGUCUAUCAGUACCAGAAUGACUCGGGAGUCAGAGACGGCACCAGAACCGCCUACCUUGAGCAGAUGAACGAGCUGGACGUCGACUUCAUUCUCUGUCCUGUCUACAGCUCCGUUGCGCCUUUGCCCGAAACCUGCCACUACUGGGGUUAUACCAGUUUGUGGAAUCUUUUGGACUUCCCUAAUGUCAUUUUCCCAACUGGCCUUAAGUGCGACCCAGCUGUUGACAAGCCAGACACAAGCUACGUCCCAAGAAACGACACCGAGAAGUACGAACACGAGUUGUACGACGACGCUGCCAAAUUUGCCGGAGCACCUAUUAGCUUGCAGCUUACCGGUAAAAGAUGGUUCGACGAGGAAUUAGUUAAGGCCUCACAGAUCGUCGCCGAGAUCAUCGCCAAGUAG